AUGCCAGGAGAGAACAUCACAGAAUACACCACAAUGUAUGAUUACAGCACUUUUUUUACUGACGAUGGAAGCUACACUCCUAUCAGCUACAGCGACGUAAUGGACUUCAUCAGAGUGUUUCUGGCCACUCUCUAUAGUUUGGUUUUCAUCCUGGGCUUCAUAGGUAACGGACUAGUGGUGUGUGUCCUGGUGAAGCAUCGCAAUCAGAGCAACCUGACAGACAUCUGCCUCUUCAACCUGGCUCUGUCUGACCUCCUCUUCGUCUUCACGCUGCCUUUCUACUCUCACUAUGCCAGGGUCGGCCAGUGGACUUUUGGAGACUUCAUGUGCCGUUUAGUCUCCGGCUCUCACCAGAUUGGCUUCUUCAGCAGCAUCUUCUUCAUGGUUGUCAUGACGCUGGACCGCUACAUGAUCAUCUUGCAUGCUCACAGGGUUGCACGUUAUCGCACAAAGAGGGCAGCCAUCAUUCUGACCUUGCUCGUUUGGAUGCUGAGCUUGUUUGUCUCUCUGCCGGAUUUUAUCUUCACACAGGAAACAGAAGAGUACCAGAAGUUUGGAUGUGACUAUCCCGAGGAGAGAAAAAUCUGGGCUCAUUAUAACCUGUUCACCGCAAAUGUGCUGGGUCUCGUGAUUCCUUUGUUGGUGAUGGUAGGUUGCUACUCCAGGAUCAUUCCCACACUGGUGAGCAUGAGGACCUCAAAGAAGCACCGCAUCGUCAAGCUGAUCAUCUGUAUAGUGGUUGCAUUUUUCUUGCUCUGGGCUCCAUAUAACAUUUCUCGUUUCUUGAAGUUUCUUCAGGAAAAAGGAAAAAUCCCACAUGAUGAAACUUGGGAGAAAAAUUUAAUGAAAUCAAUAAUAGUGACCCAGGCCUUAGCUUACGCUCACUGCUGCCUGAACCCCAUCAUAUACGCUUUUGUGGGAGAGAAGUUUAUGAGACGAGCCUUGCAGCUGCUGAAAAAGUUUGUGCCUGGUUACAGCAGAGAUGUGGCAGACAGGAGAAGCACAGUUAUGUCCAGAUCCACUGAAGUCACCUCCACUUACAUCUAUGGAGGUCAGUUGUAG